GUGACAGAACGAACGAGAAGAAGAAGGCGCAAGGCGGAAGAGUCACAAGUCUUUCCUAAAAUGGCGACGACCAUAGAGAGUGGCAAUGCCGGAGCGGCAAAUAAGAAAAAACAUCUCGGAAUUCCCGAGGCAAUAUUUGUGGAGGAUGUGGACUCCUUCAUGAAGCAGCCUGGCAAUGACACUGCAGAUGCUGUGCUGAGGAAGCUGGAUGAACAGUACCAGAAAUACAAAUACAUGGAACUCAACCUGUCCCAGAAGAAACAGAGAUUGAAAAGUCAGAUUCCGCAAAUCAAGCAGACAUUAGAUAUUUUAAAACACAUGCAGAAGAAGAAGGAAACGACAGAGCCAAUGAAUACUCACUUCCUGUUGGCGGACAACGUAUACUGUAAGGCAUCGGUCCCGCCCACAGAUAAAGUGUGCUUGUGGCUUGGGGCCAAUGUUAUGCUGGAAUACGACAUUGACGAGGCAGAGUCCCUGUUGGAAAAGAAUCUAGCCACAGCCUCCAAAAACCUGGAUUCCCUGGAAGACGACCUCGACUUCCUCAGAGACCAGUUUACCACCACGGAAGUCAACAUGGCGCGAGUCUACAAUUACGACGUUAAGAAAAGAAGCCAAGACAACCUCCUCAAGUCGUCGUCUUAAAGAUCGGCUGUGCCCUCGCCGCCCCCCACCAACCAUCCAGAAAUCAACCCCCCGCCCCCUAGUCCUCGCCCGUGCCCAUGCAUAUGUUCUCACUCUGCACUCAACGUAAUCUAUUGAUUUUUGUUACUUUUUAAAAGUCUUUUUUCAAGUAAAGAAAAAAAAAGAAAGGUUACCAAGGCAGUUUUUUUUUGUAUUCUUUUUAUUAUCAAUUAUUAGUCCGUCUUCAAAGUUCCGACUUCAGCUUACUCCCUCGUUUUUUUUCCACAGUCUUCCCAUCUCUUUCCGCUUGCCUGUUCCACGCUUUGAACUUCCUCUUCUUUGUGAUUCAUUUCGAAGCUGCCGUAUUUGUGAGGGUACGCUAUGACUUUGGCUUCAUGUUAGCCAAAUGGCAUGAUGGGAAUUGUUGUUUUGGAAUCUGGUCAGCCAGAUUUUAAACUACAGGAACUGACACGCCUUCGAGCACCCUUCCUCUUUUUUCCACUUGUUCCUGUUUGUCAUCAGGCUCUUUUGGUCAUUUGAUGUCCCCUGUCAUUGUUUUCUCCUCUCUUGUCUUUCAUCUUUGUAUUUAUUUGUUCCAUUGUAUUCAUUAAAUACUGAAUGAGAACUAAUGAGAAAAAAA